UUUCUUUUUUAAGGGUAAUGGAAGGGAAGGGAAUUAUAUUAAAAAUAUUUUGAGAGAGCAUGAAUCUGUCUCUGGCCAAGCUUUAAAAUGCAAAAAUCGAUUAUAUGUAUAAUUUUUACAAAUCAAUCAUUUUCAUUGAUUUUGACAUAGAUACUGCCAUAAAUCCCGUUAGGCAAGUUUCAUCCUUGAUAGUUAGGCACAUUCUAUAAAUUCUAGCUUGGAGAGUUGUAGCAGCAUACAAAGAAUUAGUUAUAAAAGUGAAAGAAAAAUAAUAAUAGUGUAACUCCAGAUUGAAUGGGGAUCCUUGGGUAUGGAGAGAUAGUACUAGCAUUUAUCUUUCUUGUUUUUCUUUGGGUAUGGGCAAGGAAUAGAAGCUCUCCUAUUAUCUAUUGGCCUGUCUUUGGGAUGAUUCCACAACUUUUGUGGAACGCUUCUCGUAUUCAUGAUUUUUCCACUUAUGUCCUUCAAUGUUAUGGAGGCACAUUUCUAGUCAAAGGGCCUUGGUUUAGUGAUUUGGAUUUCUUGGUUACUAGUGAUUCUAUGAAUAUUCAUUACACUUUGAAUAAGAAUUUCCCCAACUACCCUAAGGGUGCUGAGUCCAAGGAGAUUUUUGAACCUUUAGGAGAUGGGAUUCUCAAUUCCGACUGUGAUAGUUGGAGGACUCAAAGGAGAAUUAUUCAUUCUUUUUUUAAAGACAAGAGAUUUGAGCUUGCUAUAAAGACUAGUAUUGAGCAAAAGAUCUUGAAAGGGCUAUUCCCAGUUUUGGAAAAUGCCUCCAAGCUAAGAAAUGAGAUAGACAUACAAGAAGUGUUUCAACGAUUUACAUUUGAUAAUAGUUGUCAGUUGGUUUUGGGGUUUGAUCCAAAUUCCCUUUCCAUUGAAUUACCAGAAGUUCCUAUCGAGAAAGUUUUGGGUGGUGCAGAGGAGGCUUUGCUUUAUCGGCACUUUUAUCCUACAAGUCUUUGGAAGUUGAAAAAAUGGCUUCAAAUUGGAACUGAGAAGAAUUUGAAAAAAGCUUGGGACAUACUUGAUGAUUUUCUACAACAAUCCAUUACAAGAAAGCAGAAGCAAUUAAGCCAAAGUAGAAAUCAAAUUCAAGAGGAAGAUUUUGACUUAUUAACAUACAUUUUGACAAUAUCUGAUGAACAAGAAGAUCAAAAUGGAAUCCUUAUUAAAUCAAAUAGAUUUCUAAGAGACAUAACAUUGAGUCUCUUGCUAGCAGGAAGAGAUACCAUCUCUGCAAGUUUGACUUGGUUGAUUUGGGUAGUUGCAACACAUCCAUGCGUGGAGAAAAAGAUUUUAGAAGAACUUAAAGAAUAUUUACAAGUAGACACAAAGGGCAAGAGCAGGCUUUUUAAUUUUGGAGAGCUAAGCAAACUUGUCUAUCUCCAUGCAGUUGUAUGUGAGGUCCUUCGACUUUAUCCACCAUUACCUUUCAAUCAUAAAGUGUCCAUUGAACCAGACAUUCUUCCAAGCGGUCAUCAUAUCCCUAAAAAUAUGAGAAUUAUAUAUUCAUUAUAUUCAAUGGGAAGGAUGAAAGAAAUAUGGGGUGAAGACUGUUUAGAAUUCAAGCCAGAGAGAUGGAUUUCGGAGACAGGACAGAUCAAACAUGUGCCAGCUUACAAGUUUAUAGCAUUCGGUACAGGACCCAGAAGUUGUUUAGGUAAGCACAUGGCUUUGAUGGAAUUGAAAGUAAUUGCUUGCGCUGUUAUAUGGAAUUAUUCUCUUCAAAUUGCUGAAAACCAUCCUAUUAGUCCAGAUAUUUCUGUCAUUCUUCAUAUAAAAAAUGGUUUGAAAGUUAAGGUUUCUGAAAGAUCAACAGUUUGAAUAUUUUUCUUUCCUAGCUAUUAUCUCGUGUUUUCUAUUUGAAUAAGACUUCCCCUAUUUGGAAUUUAUGAAUAAAGUGUAGUCUCUUUUUCUUUA